AUGAAAUUCACAAACCAAAGUGUGAUGUCAGAAUUCCUUCUCCUGGGACUCACUGCCGAUCCAGAACUCCAGCCUCUCAUCUUCAGCAUCUUCCUGUCCAUGUACCUGAUCACUGUGCUCGGAAAUCUGCUCAUCAUCCUGGCUGUUAGCUCUGACCCCCACCUCCACACCCCCAUGUACUUCUUCCUCUCCAAUCUCUCCUUUAAUGACAUCUGUCUGAGUUCAACCACAGCCCCCAAGAUGCUGGUGAAUAUCCACACCCAGGACCAGAGCAUCACUUAUGCAGGCUGCCUGGCCCAAACCUGCCUCACUUUGACUUUCUGUGGCUUAGAAAAUUGUCUCCUUGCCGUGAUGGCUUAUGACCGCUACUUGGCCAUCUGUCACCCUCUGAGGUACUCGGCCAUCAUGCAUCCUGGCCUCUGUGUCCUGCUGGUCCUCUGUUCUCUUCUCACGAGCACAGGGCAUGCCCUGCUCCAUAGUCUGAUGGCGUUGCGUCUGUCCUUCUGUCGGGAUGUGGAGAUUCCUCACUUCUUCUGUGAGCUCGCCCAGGUCAUCAAGGUGGCCUGUUCGGACACCCUCAUCAAUAACUUCCUGGUCUAUUUAGUGGGUGUCACAUUUUUUGCUGUACCCCUCUCUGGGGUUAUUUUCUCUUACAUCCAAAUUGUGUCCUCUAUUUUGAGGAUCUCUUCAACGGGAGGCAGGUCUAAAGCUUUCUCCACCUGUGGCUCUCACCUGUCAGUUGUGUCCUUGUUCUACGGGACAGGGUUUGGUGUGUACCUGAGUUCUGCCAUUAUUGGUGCUUCCAUCAAGAACGUGGUGCCUUCAGUGCUGUACAUGGUGGUCCCUCCAAUGAUGACCCCCUUAUCUACCGCUUGA